CUAACCGGUCUCCGGGGCUCAGUGGACAGACUUUACAUGGAUAUAACCGCAUGCUCGACACACGGAUGAAGGAGAAGAGCUGCUAGGAUUUAACACCGAUCGAGGGGACUUUUUAAAAUCAUCUGGAAUACGGACACUUUCCCCACGCAGGGAAGUGGAUUACCUUCUUCAUGCAACUUUUUUGGAAAGAAACCAAGAGCAUCUUACCGGGGAAUAGCAAAAAGACCAGCAUCGGUGACAUCGCACUCUCUCCGGGAACUGUAGGUGUCCCGCACUCUCUCGGCCCCUUCGGGGAGAUGUACCAAGGAUUCCCCGGCGACCUCGACAGCGGAUCCCGUGGAAGCUCGUCUCCAUCUAUAGAGUCCCAGUAUCUGUCCUCCGUGGACUCCUUCGGGAGCCCGCCGACCACCAGUGCACCACAGGAGUGUGUGUCAACUGGAGCUGGGUUAAGCAGUGCGGGCAGCGGGCCGGGGGGCAGCGGCGGAGGGGAGAUGCCCGGCUCGUUUGUGCCCACCGUCACCGCAAUCACCACCAGUCAAGACUUGCAGUGGAUGGUGCAACCAACCCUUAUCUCCUCUCAGGCCUCUGGGCAGAGCGGGUCCACUAGCACCGCCACCAUGACCCAGUCACUGGUGGACCCGUAUGACAUGCCAGGCCCCAGUUACUCCACUGGGCCUGCAUUCACCCCUCCAGGCUCAGAAACCCCGGGGCCGGCACCGGGUCCCAUCCGCCAGUCCCGAACCCGCAGCCGCCGUACACGAGAAGAGUCUGUGAGUGACGAUGGAGAUGUUGGUGUGUUACUGACUCCAGAAGAGGAAGAGAAAAGGCGUGUCAGGCGAGAGAGAAACAAACUGGCUGCCGCAAAAUGCAGAAACCGGCGGCGGGAACUGACAGACAGGCUGCAGUCGGAGACAGACAUCCUGGAGGAGGAGAAGGCAGAGCUGGAGGCUGAGAUCUCUGAGCUGCAGAAGGAGAAGGAGCGUCUGGAGUUUGUCCUGGUGGCCCACCAGCCGAGCUGUAAGAUCCCCUACCAGGACAUGCCGCAGCAGCCGCAGCAGCAGGGCUCAGCGCCGCUCCCUCCGGCUCCGUCCCAGCUCCCUCCCCAGACCCUACAACCACCUGUCUCCAUUGUGGGCUUGACUGUGAAGGAAGACACUUUCUAUCUGCCUCCUCCCUACACAGCCCAUCCGGCCUCCACACAGUCCCAGCCACCUGUUCAGCAGCAGCAGCAAGUCCAGCAGCCGCCUCAGCCAGGGAUGAUGCAGGAGGUAGCGUUUUCUAGUUCUUUCUAUGGCUCAAGUGAGCCGGCAUCUGGCGGGCCGUGCCUUAUGGUCAGCGACAGUGGUGGUGGUGGUGUUAACCAUGACGGUGCAGCCGCUGGCAGCUACAACCCCUCAUACACAUCUUCAUUUGUGUUCACCUACCCAGAGGGAGCCUGCGGGGUCAGUGCCAACCAGCGGAACAGCAGUAGCGAGCAGUCAUCUGAUUCCCUGAACUCGCCUUCGCUGCUGGCGCUCUGACUGACUGACAGACACAUGCGCACACAUAUCAGCAUGCACAAACAUUUUGCUCGCUGGAGGUAGAGGCUGAGGCAAGUACACGCACAGAACUAAUCAGUCUCUUAGAUUAAGCAAAAAAAAAAAAAAAAAAAAAA